AUGCUCAACCUUUACCCGAGGCUCUCGGCGAGCUCCCGCUCCCUCGACGCCGACGGCAGCGACGACGGCGUCGCCAGGCCCCGCGCCUUCUUCGGCAUCGCCGUCGCCUGCGUGUCCAUCCUGCUGUUCUGCUGCGUGCUCGCCGCCACCGCCAGCGCCCUCAAGGCCGGUGCGUUCGCCGCCACGUUCGGGCUGCUGCUUGUCGUCCUUGGCUGCUUCGCGCCCAGGACGUCCUGGAUUCGCGGCCGCCGCACGGGGAGGCCGGCGAGCGCGGUGCUCACUCUGACGGUCAGAUCAUCAGGCGGGUGCGUGUACGUGCCCGCAGACGCGCCACCGGCGUUCGCGUUUGUGUGCCCGCUGGAGAAAUGCGACAACGGUGUCAUUGACGGCGACGACGAGGCGGCCUCGAGCUGCGUGGUGGUGUGCCCGGUCUGCCUGGAGGGCGUGCACGGCGGCGAGAUGGUGCGGCAGCUGCCGGCGUGCACGCACGUCUUCCACGUGGAGUGCAUCGACAUGUGGCUGCACUCGCACAGGACGUGCCCAAUGUGCCGGUGCGUGAUCUCGUCGCCGCCAACGGUUACGGCGAAAGCCUUGGAGCCGGAAGAGGAGCCGGCGUCGUCGUCAGAUGAGGCGUUGCCACCAGUGUAG